AGGCCGUGUAGCAUCACUGUUACUCUGAGGAGAGAACAGUCGGUAGAGGGAUGCAAAAAUGCAGAGCAAUAAAACCUUUAACUUGGAGAAGCAAAACCAUACUCCAAGGAAGCAUCAUCAGCAUCACCACCACCAACAGCAACAGCCACCACCGCCACCAAUACCUGCAAAUGGGCAACAAGCCAGCAGCCAAAAUGAAGGCUUGACUAUUGACCUGAAGAAUUUUAGGAAACCAGGAGAGAAGACCUUCACCCAACGUAGCCGGCUCUUUGUGGGCAAUCUUCCUCCUGACAUCACUGAGGAGGAGAUGAGGAAACUAUUUGAGAAAUAUGGGAAGGCAGGCGAAGUCUUCAUUCAUAAGGAUAAGGGCUUUGGCUUUAUCCGCUUGGAAACGCGAACCCUAGCAGAGAUUGCCAAAGUAGAGCUGGACAACAUGCCACUUCGUGGAAAGCAGCUGCGUGUGCGCUUUGCCUGCCAUAGCGCAUCGCUCACAGUCCGAAACCUUCCUCAGUAUGUUUCUAACGAACUGCUGGAGGAAGCUUUUUCUGUGUUUGGCCAAGUGGAAAGGGCUGUAGUCAUCGUGGAUGAUAGAGGAAGGCCCUCAGGAAAAGGCAUUGUUGAAUUCUCAGGGAAGCCAGCUGCUUGGAAAGCUCUGGACAGGUGCAGUGAAGGCUCCUUCCUGUUAACCACAUUUCCUCGACCUGUGACUGUGGAGCCCAUGGACCAGUUGGAUGAUGAAGAGGGACUUCCAGAGAAGCUGGUUAUAAAGAACCAGCAAUUUCAUAAGGAGCGAGAACAGCCACCCAGAUUUGCACAGCCUGGCUCCUUUGAGUAUGAGUAUGCCAUGCGCUGGAAGGCACUCAUUGAGAUGGAGAAGCAGCAGCAGGACCAAGUGGACCGCAACAUCAAGGAAGCUCGUGAGAAGCUGGAGAUGGAGAUGGAGGCUGCUCGCCAUGAGCACCAAGUCAUGUUAAUGAGACAGGAUUUGAUGAGGCAUCAAGAAGAACUCCAGAGGAUGGAAGAGCUGCACAACCAAGAAGUGCAAAAACGAAAGCAACUGGAGCUCAGGCGGGAGGAAGAGCGCAGGCGCCGUGAAGAAGAGAUGCGGCGGCAACAGGAAGAAAUGAUGCGGCGACAGCAGGAAGGAUUCAAGGGAACAUUCCCUGAUGCGAGAGAACAGGAGAUACGGAUGGGCCAGAUGGCCAUGGGAGGUGCUAUGGGCAUAAACAACAGAGGCGCCAUGCCCCCUGCUCCAGUGCCAGCUGGUACCCCAGCUCCUCCAGGACCUGCCACUAUGAUGCCAGAUGGAACCUUGGGAUUGACCCCACCAACAACUGAACGCUUUGGCCAGGCUGCUACCAUGGAAGGAAUUGGGGCCAUUGGUGGAACCCCUCCUGCGUUCAACCGUGCAGCUCCUGGAGCUGAAUUUGCUCCAAACAAACGUCGCCGAUACUAAUAAAAAUUUCACUGUCUAGUUUCCCAAAAACCCUCAAAAGAAAGACCCUUUUUGGACUAGCCAGAAUUCUGCCCUGGAAAAAGUGUUAGGGAUUCCUCCCAAUAGUUAGGUCUUCCUUGCCUGUACUACUCUAAGGGAGUAUGCUGGAGGCUGAGGGCAAGGGAGGGG